AUGUAUGGUCGUGUAACUAUCAAGUAUAUGAGGCUUCCAAUUAGAAUUUUAUAUCCGGAUGCAUCAACUUCUAGUGCUCCAUCAUCCUUCUCCCACUUAAGUGUAUUUUGGCCCACAAUCACCACUGUUUACUCCUUCUUUUUUGAUAAAGCAAACGGAAAACCAGAUUUAUAUAGUCUUAUUUCGUGCGCUGCGUUUGCUAUCAUGUCUCUUAGUUUAUCAAAGCAGACUCAUUUUGGAUUUGAAAUUGAUCUUUUAUAUUUUUUCUGUGGGUAUCUAACUUUACAACUCAUGAAGAUCAAAUUGUUUUUAGUCAUUGUUGGAGUGAUUUUCAGUUAUUUUCUCAUCAUCCUUCGUUUUUAUUUGGGCAACCAAACCGAAAUUGGGCAUCGUAGACUCCAAAUCCAUGACCCUCAUGCUGUAGUCAUUCAAGUCCGGGCAGAUUCAGAAAGUGCUCCAUUUAUGAAUUCUAAUGCUCUACGAGAAAACACAGAUUUCGAGCCAAUCACUCAAGUCAUUUUGCAAUCAUUACAAGACACUAGUGAUAGUGAUCAAGAUUGCCUCACACUUGGUGAUUGUAAAAAAGUUAUAGUCAAGACGAAUGAGAAGCUUAAUCAAUUGAUUUGGAAGCGAAUUAUAAUGAAAGAGAAAAUAGUCCUUCCGGACAACUAUAUUUCAAUGAAAACUUUGAGGAUCAAAGAGAUGGAAGAGAUUGCGGAUUACCUACACAAAACAGUGAAGAACAUGGUUGAUGUUGAGUUCAUCUCAGAGUGUUGCAACAUGUACAACAUUUUUCGAAGCAAAUUCAUCGACAGGUGUCUCUGUAGACUUGGUUUGCAGGAGGUCAAUUUGUGUAACCCUGAGAAUGAGAAUAUUAAAAGUUUGAUUAGAGCUCUUCACAUAGCUCUAAAUACACUUCUUCCUAAUGAGAGAAUGACCUGGCAUCGCGUCUUUUCUGGAUUCUCCACAAAGUAUUGCAUUUUUUCCUCGUCAGAGUGGAUGAGAUUAGAAAUUGAAUUGUGGGCCAAACUUUUAGUCUUGGAGACUUGUAUGAACUCCAAUUCUCAAAAGAAGGUUAAAUUUGGUUUCGGGGUUCAUCCGCUUACCCUCAGCUUAAUGAACUGCAUUGAAGAAGUUUCAGAAGAUAGUAAUAAUAUGGAUUAUGUUCACAUUCCUUACAUUAUACAGUUACUACAGACUAAUUUAGACGCAAGGUCUAAAACACACAUAAACUCUACUUUAGGGCAUCUUUUUAUGCUAAAUAACAAUAGAUAUAUACAAGUGGUGGGAAGACGCGAUUCCUUGCGAACUCUUUUAGGAGAUGAUUGGACUCAACUACAAGGUUCAAAACUCAGACAAAACAUUGGAGAUUUUCUUAAAGGCGUGUGGAGAAAGGUUUUUAAAUCAAUGAACACUAAGUCAAUUGGCCCCGAGGAUGCUAUCGCAACAAUGAAAUUGUUCAAUCAAAACUUUUUAAACGUAUGUGAGGCUCAGUCUACAUGUUCUAUACUCGAUGUGAAGACAAGGAAAUUUGUACAAAGGUAUACGAAAAAGAUAUUCAUGCCAAAAUAUGAAGUUUUCAUUGGGAGGUUCACGGAUAUUGUUGGAAAAGAUGAUGCGGAUCAAUAUAUUAACUAUGGAAUGUUAGACAUCACAGAUAAAUUCAAUCAUUUAUAUCUGGAAAGUGAGAAGAAGAAUAAAAAUAAAAAGUAUUGGCCUAUUACACAAUGUUCAACUUCUACCAUGAAAACAUAGGUGCUCAAAACUUCCCUAAAAAAUAAUGGUAAGGAGUUGGGGAAAGGGUUUGACUUAGCUUCUUUUUCAUCUUUAAUUCCAAUGCAUUUCUAGUACUCUC